CGGCACGAGGCACAUUGCGCACCAGUCCAUCGCCGGCCAUGACGUCCGAGUACCCCUCGCUCCUCAGGAGCGAGGAAAUGAGCUUGGUGCAGCUCUACAUCCCCAGCGAUGUAGCUCACCACACUGUCCAGGAGCUCGGCGAACUGGGACGGGUGGAGUUCAAGGAUCUCAAUCCCGAUGUCAAUCCCUUCCAACGGACCUACGUCUCAGAGAUCCGCCGACUCGAUGAGAUGGAACGACGACUCCGUUUCCUCACCGCUCAGAUUCACGAGAGCGAGAUCUACAUCCGUCCACUCACAGAGACGAUGCAUCUCGUGCAAGGCAGAAACUCGCUCCAGCUCGUCAGCGAGUUAGAGACCAUUCUCGCCGAGAGAGAGAACAGGAUGAGCGAGAUGAACGAGUCCCAAGAGACUUUGCAGAAGAGAACGAUGGAGUUGGAAGAAGCGCGCCACGUCCUGAGGGAGACCGCCGUCUUCUUCAGUCAGGCGCAAAGCCAGACGGACGACAUCAGAGCCUCGUUCGAUGAGCCCAGCGCACCCUUGCUCGAUCACCAGAUGGAACAAGGCGAUGGCGAUGGCUAUGCCAGCGUAGACCUUGACUUCGUUGCGGGUACGAUCGAGCGCAGUCGGAUGGCUACUUUCGAGCGCGUUCUCUGGCGUGUCCUCCGUGGCAAUCUCUACAUGAAUUUUGCAGAGAUUCAAGAGCCUUUCUCCAAGCCAGGCAAGAGUGGCGGCAAGAACGAUCUGCGCAAGAACGUCUUUAUCAUCUUCGGGCACGGCAGAGAACUGCUCGAUAAGAUCAGGAAGAUCUCGGAAUCCAUGGGAGGAACGCUGUACCCGGUCGACUCGGACUCCGAAAAACGCAACAACGCUCUCAGAGAGGUCUCUAGCAGACUCGAAGACCUUUCUGCCGUGCUGCACAACACAAGUGCCACGCGGAAAGGUGAACUCAGCAAGACGGCUGAGACGAUCUCGGCUUGGUGGCAAGUUGUCAGGAAGGAAAAGGCGACGUACCAUACGAUGAACCUGUUCCAGUAUGAUCGCGGCAGAAGGACUCUCAUUGCGGAAGGCUGGGUGCCUACGCGAGAUAUCGGAAACGUCCAGAUGGCUCUUCGACGCGCUACUACAAACGCUGGCUCUUCGGUUCCUCCGAUUCUUCACGAAUUACGGAACGCGAAGAAUCCGCCGACAUUCCAUCGGACGAACAAAGUCACGGAAGGAUUCCAGGCGAUCAUUGACGCUUACGGCAUUGCGGACUACCAAGAGAUCAAUCCCGGCAUCUUCGCAGUCAUUACUUUUCCUUUCCUCUUUGCCGUCAUGUUUGGCGAUAUCGGACACGGCUUCAUCAUGGCCAUGUCUGCUGCUGCUAUGAUCUUCUACGAAAAGAAGAUUGGCAAAGGCACGGGCAAUGAGAUCUUCGAUACCGCUUACUUUGGUCGUUACAUCAUCUUGCUCAUGGGUCUCUUCGCCAUGUACACCGGCUUGAUAUACAAUGAUAUCUUCUCGCUGUCUCUCGUUAUCGGCAAGUCGGGUUGGUCUUUUCCAGCUGGCGAGAGCGUCACUGCCGAAUCUACGGGAACGGUCUAUCCUUUCGGACUCGAUCCUGCAUGGCACGGCGCAGACAACGCACUCAUCUUUACAAAUUCGCUCAAGAUGAAGAUGUCUAUCAUUCUCGGCGUCAUCCACAUGUCAUUUGCAAUCUGUCUGCAAGUACCCAACUUCAUCCACUUUGGCAAGCGAUACCUCAUCACUGCGGUCUGGCUACCCCAGAUCCUCUUCAUGGAGUCCAUCUUUGGCUACCUCGUUCUUACCGUUUUGUACAAAUGGGCUACAGAUUGGUCCAAAGCAAGCACAAAGCCGCCCGAUCUUCUCAAUAUGCUCAUCUACAUGUUUCUGUCACCUGGCACUGUCGAUCCUUCCGAACAGCUCUACGCCGGACAAGGCUUCGUACAAGUCGUGCUCAUCCUACUCGCGCUCGUUUGCGUACCCUGGAUGCUGCUUAUGAAGCCCUACAUCAUGUAUAAGAAGCAUCAAGCGAUCAAGGCUCAAGGCUACGAGCACGUCAGCGGUCCUCGCAAUUCGGAGGAUGACGCGGAUGCAGAGGAUGGUAACGCAGGUGGUGAAGGCGGCGAGGAGCACGAGGAAGAAUUCCAAGUGGGCGAGAUCAUGAUUGAGCAAGUCAUUCAUACGAUCGAGUUCUGCUUGGGCUGUAUCUCCAACACGGCCUCGUACCUUCGGCUGUGGGCACUUUCGCUGGCUCAUGCUCAGCUAUCGGAAGUCUUAUGGACGAUGACGAUCAAGAACUCGUUCAGUUUUGAAGGACCUCUGGGCGUCUUUGCUGUCGUCUUCAUGUUUGCCGCUUGGUUCGCUCUCUCUGUGGCGAUCCUCGUCGUCAUGGAAGGCCUAUCCGCCUUCCUGCACGCUUUACGACUUCACUGGGUCGAAUCUAACGGAAAGCAUUAUGGCGGUUCGGGAACACAAUUCAUGCCGCUCAACUUUGUAGAGAUCGAAGACGAAGAGAUCUGAUGCAUGCUUACAUCUUU